AUGGAAGAUUCGACAUUAUCUCCUAAUGAUACAGUUUCUAAGAUCUCAACACCAAGUGAAAUUGGAACAGAAAUAGUAUGUAAUACGUAUUCUACUAAUGACCACUGGGAAAACAUAACAAAGGAUAAUAAAAGUAUUUGGAGAUGCUGUCAUUGUAAAAUAAAAACGUAUUCAAUAAAUACAAGUAGAACACACUUAAAAGGCCAUACUUUGAAAUGUUCUACAUCUUCACUAUCCAUGACUCAAAGCAAAGUUUUCCAGCAGAUUAGCAGAGAAGAAAUGGAUAAUUUUCAAAAAUCAGACCAAAAAGCAGAAGAAAUAUCAUUAGUAAUUAUGAAUAUCUUAGAAAAAUAUUCUAUUAAUGAAAAAAUAUUCGCACUUACCACGAAUAAUACUACUACAAAUAAAGCUAACUCAACAUUAGCUAUGUUCAAAAGAUACCUAUACUUACAUCCAGCAAUUCAUGAUAUGUGUUCAAAAGAUCAAUCAAUGCCCUCAUGCUUGGCUGAUGAAGAACUUGUAGUUCUUAGUUCCCUUUGUCAGCUUCUCAAAUCAUUUGAAAAUGCCAUGUUAGCCCUUUCUGAAGAAUGA